UCCUGUACUUUGCAAAGCUAAAGGGAAGUAAAGAUUUUGCUGGUAAAGCACUUCUCUGUCUGACUGAGUUCAUCAGACAGGAGACUUGUAAGGCACAGCAAUCCAGAGCAUGACCCAGAACCAUUCCAUCAACAGUCCACAGUCUACACGUUUAGAGCCAGCCAUGGAUCCUGAUCUUGAGUUUUCUGGUGGGACAGCGGCGGCCAGUGUCAUCUUGGGCCUGUCAUUCCUGGUGGGGGCCCCUGGGAACCUACUGGUGAUCUGGACCAUCCUUAGGCACCUCAAAAAGUGCUCCCACACUGUGGUGCUCAUUCUCCAUCUGGCUGUAGCAGACCUGCUGGUGCUCAUUACCUUACCCGUGUGGAUUUACUCCUUGGCCCGAUCCUGGGUGUUCGGGGAGGCUUUCUGUAAAGCCACAGUGUAUGUCGUCUAUUCUUGCAUGUAUGGCAGUGUCUUCCUCAUCACCCUCAUGAGCGUUGAGCGUGUCGUCGCCGUGCGACACCCCUUUGCCUCAGUGAAAUGGAGGAAGAAGGGAUCCCUGAAUAAAGUUCUACUAAUCCUGUGGGCUAUGGCCCUCCUUUUCAGUGUUCCAGUCAUUCCAACUCAGGUGGUGCUGGGGGACCCUGGAGAGGAGCAGUGUCUCUACAGAAACUACACCUCAAACGUUGAAGAGGCAGGGAUUGUUCUGCUGGAGACCAUGGUGGGCUUUGUAGGGCCCUUUUUUAUCCUGGUGGUCUCCUACAGCUGUCUCUGUAGCCGCAUUGCACAGAUGAACUUCAAGUCCAAGCGCAAGUCCACAGGCUUGAUUGCCAGUGUGGUGGUGGUGUUUGCCUUAUGCUGGAUGCCACACCACGUGGGCAACAUGCUCUCCCUGAUCAUCCUCGCCAUCCAGGAGUACCACCAUGAGGCUGCAGAUCGUCUAGAGAGUUUCAAAGCCACAAUGACCUUUAUUGCCGGGGCUCUCGCCUUUAUCAGCAGUUCAGUCAACCCGUUGCUUUAUGUGUUUGCGGCACGUUCGUUCCGGAGUUCCCUGAGGGAGACAGGGAUCCAGAAGUUGUUCCGACACAUCUCCAGCACGGCCCCAGGAGAGGGGACUAAAGAACUGUACUUUAUGACCAAAAAACAGAGCAGCUCUCAGAUGCAGAGCAUCAGCUCCCUAUGUAUCACAGAACCCAAGGAGCAAAUGGAUGUACAAUGUGAAAACUGUUCAUCCUGACCUGGUCUGUUCAAUACAUUUCUGAUACCAUUUGUGAGUAAAUUACAAAGUUUGAUUUUUCACACUGUUUCUGUAAAUUUACUUUUAGAAUGACAAUUGUUGAUACCUUAAAUGUAAGUAUUACAUUAACAGUAAGGUCCACAUUCAUCUAUUAUAAUUGUAAUUUCAUAUUAAUUUCAUGGUCAAAUAGUGUUAUUUUCCAUAUGCCAUAGAAUAACAAAUAUUUUCACAGUAUACUUUUAUGUAGUUUUAACUAAUGCUGCAGCUAUUUUAGGAGGGUCUGAAUGUACUAUAGGUAUUCUGCUGCUUCGCGGUUUGUCACUACAUUUAUAUUUUACCAUUGUGAUCUGGAUAGAUUAUAUUUCAUCCAUUGAUUUAGGCUUCAUUAUUGCAACAUAAGAUUUCACCCUUAUCCCAUCAAUAUGAGUUUUAACACUUUCUUGCUGGAUGGUUAGGCAAGAUGGCAUUAAUAUCUGUCGAAAGAAUAACCAUAUACAUUUUAUAUUGGUAACAAAGUUCAAAUUUUACACAUAUUCUGUUAUUGUUUAAAUGAUAAUAUACUUAAAAUCAAUCCAAUAAUUGAAUGCUGAAUUCCCUUACUUUAGAUUACCAGAAAAACAAUUGAACAAAAUAUAAUAUGUGACGAUGGAAUUGAGCUUGUGUCCUCAAACGUUAACAAAUCUCAACAAUGUUUAACUAUUUUCUCAAAUAAGAUAAGUUGAAGACUUUCCUAAAUCUAGAACUACUGUGUGCGCAGCAUUACUGUUUAUUGGUUAUAGCCAUUGGUAAAUGAUCGUACCUUUUGGUAAUAUCUACUGAGGUUGGAAAAUCUAGCAGAAUAGCAUUUCAUUUAAAUGGUUAUGAAGGCCUGGUGAAUCCUGGAGGACUUUUACAUUGAGUACAAACAGGUUGAGGUUAAGUGUUGAAAGUGUCUAGAGCAUAGAGAAAGCUAAUCACGGAGGCUACCAAGAGGCCAACAGCAAAUUUAAAGGACCUGUAGGAAUUUGUGGAAGGAACUGGGCACUCCCUGCAUUUUACAACCAUUGCACACAUUCUCCACAACUCUGAGUUGGGCAGAAGACAUUUCUCACAAAAAAGAACAUCCAAGGCCAUAAUGUAUACAUUUAGCAAACAUUCUAAUUAAAUCUCCCAAAACCAUAUGGCAAAUUGUGUUUUUGUCUCAUGAAAUCAAAUAUAUGUUUGUUGCAAAGCCAACAUGACCCAUCACCUGAAGUAUACAUUACCUACUGUCAAGCAUAAUGGCGGCAGCAUCAUGCAUUUGCCCUGUUUUUCUUAAGUCAGUACAGGGGCUGUCAUUAGGAUACAGUGGACAAUUAAAAGCUCCACAUGUCAUGAUAUUUUGGUGCAUACCAUGAUGCAUUUUUUUGAAAGAAAAGCUGAAGGUCAGAAAGAAUAAAAAAUAUUUUAAAAAUACCAAAAAUACCAAAUAUGUUUUGAAUGUUUUGUGUUCUAGGUGUAACAGGGGUUCUCCAGAAAAUAAAAUGGUUAAACACUUUGAUGCUACUUUGAUCUCACAUUUGAGGACUUAGCAAGCUGAGAGUCUCUGAGAAAAAUAUUAUUUUUGGGUCUAGUUUCAUGAAAUUCUCCAUGUGAUGUGAAGUCAAAUGUGAGUGAUUAUUAUAUAAUCACUCACAUCACUCACAAAAUGUUAUAAUUUUUUACCUUGCAAAUAAGCCUUGAAUAUUUUACAAAUACGUGCAUUGUAAUGUUAGUUACAUGUCUGAUAAUCCUGUAGCCUUUGUCUACAUGGCACAUCUAUUUUGCAACAGCACGAGUCAUGCUUUCAACUUCCCUCUUCCCUGUGAGGAUUGCAACAAUAACUAAAUUCUGUGUGUCAAAUGUGUCCCAUUUGACCACUGAACAAAAGAGGAAUUGUAUACUACUUGAGUACGGGUUGAAAUGAAAAACAUUGUUUUUCAGGGCUUUGUUGUUUUCCUAUAUCAACUAAUUCUGCUUUCAAUUUUAUAGAAUGUAAAUAAAACAAUAUUGUUUUAUUAGAUAAAUUAUUGUUUUAAGUAGAAUUGCUUGAAUCAGUAUCAUCCUGUUGAUUUUUAUUGAUAGGCCAAUAGGUGGCAGUGUACCUAUUAACCAGUUAUUAAAAUGUUGAAACAU